GUGAUGGCUGAUGAGCUCAGUGACCUGCUGCGGGAGUUUGAUGAGGUGAUGGAGGACUUUGACAGAGGCCCCGCGUGUCAAUACGAGCAGCACCUGGAGGAGCUGAAGAGGAAAGCGGGACACAGCGUGUACGACAGUGGCAUUGAUGAGCUGGAGAGUACCUGCACGUCCCCGGGAAGCAGUCUCAACUCCAGCGAGGAGGACCUCAACACCCCUGCCACUGCUUACCCCUCUAAAGCUAAGCUUGGAGACACGCAGGAGCUGGAGGAGUUCAUUGCGGAUCUGGAUAAAGUGUUGGAGGAGAUGUGAGACGUGGUUUUGGUGGCAAGUUUGGAGAGGAGGACCCACAGCAGAUGAGCCCCGUGCCUCCCCGAUGCACCCUCUGCUUCUGUGCCCCUGCCACCCACUGCCUGCGUGGACCACUGCUCUCCCAUGCCACGCUGCUCCGCGCCGGGGGCUGAUCCAGCGACGGGACGAGCAGCUGGGCUGUGAUGGUGGCUGGGCCUUGCUCCGCUCCCGCGUGCAGGGCAGGACUCUGCCAGCACUGAGAUGAGAAGAGCUCUUGGUGAGGGCACCAGGCUUUGUCCUACGAGGGGGGCUGGCAGCUCUUGUGACUGAGUGGGUUUGGGGGUGGGGGUCUAUGCCCCCGUUGAAGCCGGAGGAGAAACCCUGGGUGAUUUUAGGGAAGAUCAGCUUGCAGCACAUCAGUGAGACCUUGGUGUCCCCUCCUGGGUCAGGAAAGCCAGUUCCCACAGUAGCAUCUGUCGCAGGCAGUGACAACCACUGCUGGCCCUCUGCUUUGCACGAGUAGCCUCAAAUAAGGCCCCUGCCUGCACCCCAAGUGCCUCUGCCCCGACUGCUGCUGUAAAUACUGUAAAAAGGAUGUUACACACUGUACAGAUGGGAUGUAUUUUUAUGAACGGGAUUUUAAGUCUC